AUGUCAUCUCAAAACAGGAAUUGCGUCUUUAUUGAUUCGAACAACCCUUCAAAGUAUCGAGUUAACAUUAACUCUCAACCUAUCAUAAAAAUUCCAUUUCCACCCGCCAUCGAUCCACGUGAUCUCGUUGUAAAAACCAAAGACGGAAGGAUCCCAUCUCGUGUUCCGAACGCCUUUAUUAUUUACCGGAAGGCUUUCAUUGUGGCUGUUAAAAAUGAUGGAUACGUUCUACCAAUGACGGUGAUUUCUCCAAUGGCAUCUCAGUCAUGGGAACAAGAAAGUGAAAUUGUCAAAGCUGAAUAUAAACGACUCGCUAAGGAAGCCUAUGAGGUGCGCAAUGAAAUGUUGCCUAAAUAUCAACGAAAGAAAAAGAGAGAGAAAUGGAAUAUCGUUUCUUUUCAAGAAAAAAGUAGUCGAAAGGGACCCGUACCUUCAAUUCAAAAGCCCACCAAAGAAAUUAAUGAAGCAGUCCCGGAAGUGAAUCAGCUUCCAUUGAUCACCUUAUCAUCCGAAUCUCAAUCCAUUGGAUGCAGUCCAAAUCUAUCACAAUCAGAUAGCCCAGAAACCGAACAAUAUAAUUUUGAUUUUACUCAACACAUGACACCCAACAUCACUCCCUUCACCCGAAAUUUCUUCUAUUGA